UCUGGGAGAUGGAGGCCUAUGUCUUCCGCUUUUAAACGGAUAUGGAAGAGCUCGGUGUGUGGACGCCAUCAACAAUAUGACGGUGUCUUCAAAUGUAAAAUUUGAAGGGUUUUUCUUUUUGUAAUGUAAUGAAUCGUAUCUGUACUGUCGCCACUUGUACAGAUGGAUGCGCUUCAGACACAAAUCUUGAAUAGAGGCUUUUAUUUCUCCGAAACCCCAAAUCAUUACAUACAAGUUAACGUUAACGCUAACGUUAGCUAUUUGUAUUUUUUAAGUAGGUUAACGUUAACUAACAGUAACGUUAACUGACUUGGAUGAACCGUCACCUCCUAGUUUGGAGGCAUCAAAUUACUUCACCUUUGGUCUAUAGACAGCAGUUUUUUGGUCCAGUACUUUCGGACAGAGACCACUCAGAGGUUGCUUUGACCAGCUCCUUAUGUCUGAAGACUCGAGCAGCGAUGAUGAAUGGUGUGUAUCCGCAAAAAGGCAAGUGGAUGACGCACACGCAGAGGCGAAAUGUUGGGAAUGUGGCAAAAAAUUCAGCAAGAUAACAAGCUUGAUGUCGCACUACAAAAGCCACAACAUCAAAGCCACCUGCCACAUCUGCAAGGUUACUUUCCGACGCCUGACAUCUCUCUCCACACACCUGGAUAAUGCACACUCGCCACCCCUCUGCAAGUGCCGUCAGUCUUUCAGUAAUGUGUGGGAGUUGAACAAGCAUGCAGAGACACAUUGCAUGGACUCAGCGCCAUUUCAGGAAGCUCCCGCUUUGAUUUCUGCAGUCAUACAUCAGAGUCAGAACAGUGACAACUUUUCUAAUGAGGUGACUGCACAGCAAAGCACAAAGUCAGUACUGCAUGAGUCAGUGUCAGAGUUGAGACCCCAACAAAGAAUUGAGAUGAAGCCUGAGAGACCUGAGACAUCUGAAAACAGUGUAGAGUAUAUAGUGGGGGAAGAUGAUAAUGAUAUUGACAUGGAAAGUGAUUGUGAGAAGGCAGAUGAUUCAACAAGCUCUGAAUCUGAUGAUGAAGAUAAGACGCGCUCUAAACUUGCAGACUUGUGUCCCGUUGAUCCAGAAUCAGAUGGAGGCUCGAACUCAAGUUCAACUGAUUAUUCCAGUGACUCUUCCAAUAGUCCGCACUCCAAAAACACACCUGCAGCCAUUCCUAGCGCUAAUAGUUCAAUAUGUGCUGCGUGUGGUAGAGGGCCGUUUAGGUCAAUGAAGCUCCAUUUGCUGCACUGUAGUGGAAUAAGGGUGAAAUAUCAGUGUCCGCUGUGCAAGGAGCUCUUUGUAACUGAGACGUCUCUUAAUGAACACUACAUGCCUUUGUAUUCCUGUGAUGUCUGUGGCCAAGUUUUCUCUCACGAGAACUUGUACCAUCACCACCAGUGUCCCAAGGGCAGCAAAUCACCUUUGGUCCUCUUCUGUUCCGAGUCAAUGCCACGGGCAUGUAACAUAUGCAAAUCCUUUUUCACCUCUGAUAAAACUUUGUUAAACCAUGUCACCACAGUUCACAUGUCAGUGGUCAGCACCAAGGUAUGCAUCAUUACCAAUCCAUCAGUGUUGACAGACAAAAAGGUUUCACCGGGUGUCCGUGGCACAAUAGCCCAGUCAGCCAACCAGGUCAUUAAUGGAAAGCUCCAUGUUGGCCAAACCUACGCAGAGUCACUGUCCACAGUUGUGAAAUCUAGCCCUUCCUCUCUCUCGACCUCCUUCUCCUCCCACCCAGGUAAACUACCUGCUCCGAUAUGCUUGACGUCUGCUGCUGCACCUGUCAGAUCGGGGAAAGACGGUGCCCUAGGUCAGCCAGCCAACCAGCCUUUAAGCAGUCUUUCUGCACAUUUAUUUGUCCCUCCUGGUGCCACUGACACAACUCCAGCCACUGCGGCCUCUGACCCUGUCUCCGCGCCAAUGCCCACUAUUAUGGCCAUGUUUGAGAAUGACAGCCAGGACAUGGCUUUGAUGAAACGUAUGAACACCGGCUGGCGCUCCAAAGCCCCUUACCCCUGCAGGCAGUGCGGUGCCAUCUUGCGGCAGCCCUCCCUCAUCAUCAGCCACCGCUACCUCCACCGAGGCCGCCGCUCACACCAGUGCCAGUGCGGCCGAGCUUUUAAGCACCGGCUACACCUCCUGCGACAUUGUGUUCAGCAUGCGGAGACCAUAAGCUACAUCUGUGUCAGCUGUGGGGAGACUUUCACGGGAGCAAAGCUCUUAGCCGAGCACAUGAGGGGCAAGUCACAGAAAAAAUCCCGUUCUGGACGUACAUGCAAAUGGAAAGUUAAAAGAAAGUGCAGAAUGCCCUUUACGUGUGACUGUGGACAACACUUUUUUAGGCCUUCAGCUUACAUAUGGCACCAACUUAAAAACAGGACAAAAACUAAACUAUUGAAGAAGCCCUUGAAAUGACAAAGCACCAACACAUCUCUGCUUUAUCCAUCGCUUUUAGAUACUCUUCUCCAACUUUAUUCACCACACUUUAAAUCAAAAGGGAUCUUUCACACGUCAUGUGAUUGUCGCUGUUUUGUUAAAUUUUUGUAUUACCAAGUGACAAAAUCAAAGCAAAAUCACAUACUGGUGGUACAGAUUCAUUCUUAAUGGCUUUUAAUGAUAAGCAUGUACUGGAUGGUUGUCAACAUGUUUUCACCAUGUGCAAAUGAUACAUAGUAAACAGCGUUGGAACAAGUUCCUCAUAAGUUCUUUUGACGACACACCGAUAUACGAGUACAAAUUAACCCACAAGGAACAUUUUUCAGUAUUGGAUUAAGUCAAAACACAUGAAAACUCCAGUUUAUCCUCCAGAGAAAGAGUUAGUCCAGUUUUGCUAUUUUUUUCUCACAAAGUGCAUUCUUAACAGUGAGGUUUGUAUGGGAGUUUUCUGAGUCCUUUUGUUUUCUGAUUUGUUUUCACUACAGCUGAUUCAAAUGUUGUGUGCCUGUGAGACAUUGUAGAGGUCUUGGUAUUCAGGUUGAAAAUAGCAUAUGACUUUUUUAUGGUUGUUAUAUAAUCUUUAUGAUGUUAAGGUCCUCAAUAUUAUGUCGUUUACACAAUUCAUGUCCACUAGAUGGAGCUGUUGGGUUGCUAAACGUUGAGUUUACAAGGCAAUUUAGACUCAAGUUUCAUUGUUCUCAGAACAGGUGUAAACUGUUAGAUGAUUUUCCUUCAUCAGAUGAUUACAACCUUAAAUGUAGACAUUAAUCUAUGAGUUUCAGUUGACAUCCCUUAAAAUCCCAAGGACUUACACUUUGAAAUAAAGGUUUCUUCCCACGAA